AUGAUGGAGGAUUCGGAGAACGGAAGUGCGAGUCCGACGAAGGAACUGGCGGCGCCUCCGCCGCCGGAGGGAGAGGAGGUGGAGCCGAUGGUCGGACCUGGACCUGCCCCGCGCGCGAAGCGCAAGCGUCCGCUUCAGUUCGAGCAGGCUUACCUUGAUUCGCUUCCGUCUGCUAACAUGUAUGAGAAAAGUUACAUGCAUCGGGAUGUAGUUACACAUGUUGCUGUUUCAGCAGCAGAUUUCUUCAUAAGUGGGAGCAUGGAUGGGCACUUGAAAUUUUGGAAGAAAAAGGGUGUUGGUAUUGAGUUUGCAAAGCAUUUCCGGUCUCAUCUUGGUCCAAUUGAAGGUCUAGCGGUGAGCUCUGAUGGUUUACUGUGCUGUACUAUCUCGAGUGAUCGUGCUGUUAAAAUAUAUGAUGUUGUCAACUAUGACAUGAUGGCCAUGAUCCGUCUGCCAUAUAUUCCGGGUGCUGUUGAGUGGGUCUACAAACAAGGGGAUGUCAAAGCUAAACUUGCUGUCAGUGACCGAAACUCAGCAGUUGUGCAUAUUUAUGAUGCCCGAUCUGGUUCAAACGAUCCCAUCGCUUCAAGAGAGGUACACUUGGAGCCAAUUAAGGUUAUGAAGUACAAUCCUGUUUUCAACACGGUGAUCUCUGCUGACACAAAGGGAAUCAUUGAGUACUGGAGUCCAGUUACAUUGCAGUUUCCCGAGAGCGAGGUGAAUUUCAAGCUGAAAAGUGACACAAAUCUCUUUGAGAUUUUGAAGUGUAAAACAACUGUCUCAGCUAUUGAGGUGAGCCCAGAUGGUAGGCAAUUUUCUGUUACGUCUCCUGAUCGUAGGAUUCGGGUGUUCUGGUUCAGAACAGGUAAACUGAGGCGGGUUUAUGAUGAGUCACUUGAGGUGUCUCAAGAUCUGCAAAGAAGUGAUGCUCCAAUGUACAGACUUGAUGCUAUUGAUUUCGGGAGAAGAAUGGCUGUUGAGAAGGAGAUUGAGAAAACCGAGACUGCUCCUCAACCAAAUGCAGUUUUUGAUGAAAGUUCUAAUUUCCUCAUAUAUGCAACACUCAUUGGCAUUAAAGUAAUAAAUCUGCACACCAACACAGUUGCGAGGAUUCUUGGAAAGGUGGAGAGCAAUGACAGAUUUCUGGGGAUUGCAUUAUAUCGAGGUGAUCAAAGCAGCAAGAAAGUCAGAAAGAUUCCUGCAGUUGCAGCAAAUGUAAAUGAAAGCAAGGAGCCUUUGACUGAUCCGACUCUCUUAUGCUGUGCCUUCAAGAAGCACAGGAUCUAUUUAUUCAGUCGAAGAGAGCCGGAGGAGCCUGAAGAUGCAACCAAGGGAAGAGACGUGUUCAAUGAGAAGCCUCCAGCAGAUGAACUUAUGGCUGUCUCAGACAUUGGAAAAACUGCCACGACAUCUCUUCCAGACAAUGUGAUUUUGCAUACUACGAUGGGUGACGUUCACAUGAAGCUUUACCCAGAAGAAUGCCCGAAAACGGUGGAGAACUUCACAACGCACUGCCGGAACGGCUAUUACGAUAACCUGAUUUUCCACCGUGUUAUAAGGGGGUUCAUGAUACAAACUGGAGACCCUCUUGGGGAUGGAACUGGAGGACAGUCUAUCUGGGGAAGGGAAUUCGAGGAUGAGUUUCACAAAAGUCUAAGGCACGACAGGCCUUUCACACUAUCAAUGGCAAAUGCUGGCCCGAACACAAAUGGCUCUCAGUUCUUCAUCACAACAGUUGCUACACCGUGGCUAGACAAUAAGCACACAGUUUUCGGAAGAGUAGUAAAGGGGAUGGAUGUUGUACAGGGUAUAGAGAAAGUGAAGACAGAUAAGAACGACAAGCCAUACCAGGACGUGAAAAUCCUCAACGUCACCGUUCCUAAAUCAUAGGCACAUACAUUGGGAGCAGCCAACCCGACAAGAUGGAGAGGAGACGAGAGGACGAGUGAUUGAAUGAAUUACUCUCAUCACCCAAUAUUCUCCGUUGCUUGCCUCUUCUUUCAAUCCUUGUGUUUUCUCUUUUAAUGCCUUCAAGAAGGACUUGGCUAGUUUCUGUUGUCCUUUCAGCAUAUUUUGCGGUAUUUAUACACAUAUAAUACCCAUAUUUUAAUAUUCGUUACUUUAUAGGAAUAAACGGUACACUUUUUUCA